CUGUUUUGCACACUAUUAUGGCCUUUCAUGUUGCUUGUCCAAUUACUUGUGUUUUCGUGGUGCGUGAGAUGCGGUUUGAUUUCGGACGGAUUUCUCACUCUUCUUGCUUGCUUUUGCAGCCGGAGGGUAUGUUUUUGCGAGCUAGGGUUUCCCGGUAAGCUCCGCGGCGAGAAGGGCAAGGAGGACUUCUUGGAGGAGGUUGCUAGGGUUGAGCAGUUCUUGAGCGACCCGUGGUUGAUCAAGGCGAGGGAGAAUGCGACGAUUCAGGUUAGGGUACCCAAAGUUGUUGCGCCUCCAACCCCUGUGCAGCCGCAGCCUGCACAUGAGGAAGCAUUGGCUGCAUCGGCGCAGGUGAAGAGGGCGGCGCUGCAGAAGCAAGCUGCUGCUGUGUCGGUGGUGGCCGAGGAUUAUGCCAAGAAGUUUGAGUCCGGUGAUUUGAUGAUUUCUGUGAAGGAUGGUUCUGGGGAGGAGCAAGGGCAGGUAACUGCCAAAGUGCUGUGCCGCCUAUGCUUUUCUGGCGAAUAUGAUGGAAGCGAAAUGGCAAGAAAGAUGCUACCUUGCAAUACUUGUGGAAAGAAGUAUCACCGAAACUGUCUGAAAGCAUGGUCACAAAACAGAGAUCUUUUUCACUGGAGUUCUUGGACUUGCUCCUCUUGCCGCAUGUGUGAGGUCUGCCGAAAAACUGGGGAUCCUAAUAAAUUCAUGUUCUGUAAAAGGUGUGAUGGUGCAUACCAUUGUUAUUGCCAGCAACCUCCACAUAAGAAUGUUGGCCAUGGACCUUAUUUGUGUCCAAAACAUACCAACUGUCAUAGCUGUGGGUCUGCUGUUCCUGGAAAUGGCCUAAGCGUCAGGUGGUUUUUGGGCUAUACUUGUUGUGAUGCAUGUGGAAGAUUGUUUGUGAAGGGAAAUUAUUGUCCCGUUUGUUUGAAGGUUUACAGAGACUCUGAAUCGACUCCUAUGGUGUGCUGUGAUAUCUGUCAAAAGUGGGUGCACUGUCCUUGUGAUGGCAUCAGCUACGGAACUAAGGCAGUUGAAACCAGGAAAAUAAUCUCAGAUUCCUUAUUGGGUGUUAUCAUAAGCAUUGAAGGGCAGCAGAAAGAUAAGCGCAUAUGUUGCACUUUACCAUUUGUGGCCUUUGUGGAUGCAUCUUCUUCUGGCUGUAAUUUGGAUUGUAAUGAUUGUUGGGGCAUUGUUUUCAGCGAUGCAAAAUACAUGCAAUUUCAAGUUGACAGAAAUCUCCAAUAUGUUUGCCCUACAUGCCGUGGAGAAUGCUCUCAGGUCAGGAAUCUUGAGGAGGCUGUUCAGGAGCUCUGGAGACGAAGAGAUGAAGCCGAUAAGGAUUUGAUAGCAAGCCUGAGGGAGGCCGCUGGUUUGCCAACUCAUGAAGAAAUUUUUGAUAUAUCACCUUUCUCGGACGAUGAAGAGAGUGGGCCCGUGAUGAAGAGUGACAGUCGUUCUCUGAAACUUUCCCUUAAAGGUUUGGGCGAUAAAUCGCCGAAAAAGGGGAAGGAGUCUGGAAAGAAAUCUUCAAAAAAGAAGUACAACAAGAAAAAGGGGAAUGACGAAUCUUUGACAGGUGGAGGCGAAAUUUUACAGUCUCUUAGUGGGCAUGCUAAUGUUCCGACUGGACAAAAAGCUGGUGGCGAUAAAAAUGAAGAAAAAAUACAAUUUUCCGGUGCGCGUGCUAUGUUAUCUCCUAUCGCUGGAAGUUCGACUGAAAACAUAUCUGUAGGAAAUGAGGCAGUAGCCUCGAAACACAAAUAUAAUGAUGAGGUUACAGCCAGCAAUGUUUCUAAGGGGUCCAGAGCAAUCAAAAUAAAGAGUAAUAGAUCUCAGGACCCGACUAAUAGAGAGGAGACUGGAGUUAGUGAUGGUGUGCUCAAGACUGCACAGGGACCCAAGCUUGUUAUACAUUUGGGAGCACGAAGUAGAAGUGCAGCUAGCCUGCCAAGAUCUGACUCCAAGAAGAGGACAGAGUUGACUUCAGUCAAAGGCCACAAAACGGACCACCCUGAUAAAGUGAAAGGUUCCAAAUUGAUAAAGCUGAAGAACCCCAAUUCCGAACUCCCCAACACUAGCUUGAAACUCGCUGGUGGAAAGGUUGAUGAUGGGUACGAAUCCGUUUCUCCAAAGACGACGUAUUCUCUACUUGGGACUGAAGUCCCAGUCAGCAAAAGGAGCAAACAUUCUUCAACAAAAAAUGGUGAUGACAUGUCGGGCGAUGUACUGGCCUCGUCAAGGGAUCGGAAGCCUUCUUUGAAAUUUAAAAUUCCCAAGAAUACUAAUAAUGGAAACCAAAGUGUUUCGGGUAAUUUGGGUACUGGAAAUCAAACUUCAUUGUCACUUCAUGGGAAGGACGACAUAACUUACACGAGAGGUCAGAGGUCAAAGAGGAGGAGAAUAGGUGAAGAGGAUGGCGGAUCUCAAUGGCAUGAGGACAACACGAUGAAGGAAUUUACGGAUGCCAACUGGGUACUGCAGAAGUUGGGAAAAGAUGCUGCUGGGAAGAGAGUAGAAAUACAUCAGCCGUCCAACAACUCCUGGGGAACAGUAAUUGAAGUGUCUGAAGGUACAUCAGCCGUUUCCAUUGCUCUUGAUGAUGGGAAGUCAAAGAUCUUUGAACUGGGGAAGCAAGAUUUAACCCUUGAGAGCAAAAGCAUUGUAAAGAUUAAUGCAAAACUGAAAAGGAUCGCUUGA